AGGGCAGACGCGAGAGGAGAGCGAGCAAGAGAGAGAGAGCAGGGUUGCCUCCGUCAGUCAGUCAAGUCAGUCAGUCAAGAGAGUGAGCGAGGAAGCGAGCGAGUUCCUUAAAGAUGGCCGGAGCGGCGGCGGCGGCGGCUACGGCAACGACGGCCGCGGCCACCACCGCCACGACGACGACCAACAACAACAACAACAACAGUGCCGCGACCCCCGUGUAUUGCGUGUGCCGGGAGCCUUACGAUGUGAGCCGCUUCAUGAUCGAGUGCGACAUCUGCAAGGACUGGUUCCACGGCAGUUGUGUUGGAGUAGAAGAGCACCAUGCUGUUGAUAUCGACCUGUACCAUUGUCCCAAUUGUGCAGUUCUUCAUGGACCCUCCUUAAUGAAGAAGAGAAGGAAUUGGCACAGACACGACUAUACAGAAUUUGAUGAUGGUUCUAAACCAGUUCAAGCUGGAACACGAACAUUUGUUAAACAGCUACGUGCUCGUUCAUUCCCAAGUGCUGAUGAAAUCAUUUUGAAAAUGCAUGGCAGUCAGCUGACACAAAGAUACCUUGAGAAGCACGGUUUUGAUGUUCCCAUUAUGGUUCCUAAACUGGAUGGCUUAGGUCUCAGGCUUCCACCCCCUACUUUUUCUGUUCUGGAUGUGGAACGAUAUGUAGGUGGUGAUAAAGUGAUAGAUGUCAUUGAUGUGGCAAGACAAGCAGACAGUAAAAUUAAACUCCAUAAUUAUAUUAAAUAUUUCACAAACCCUGAGAGACCAAAAGUAUUAAAUGUGAUCAGCCUUGAAUUCUCAGACACAAAAAUGUCUCAAUUAGUGGAAGUUCCAGAAAUUGCCAGAAAACUUUCAUGGGUAGAAAACUACUGGCCAGAUGAUUCAGUCUUUCCUAAGCCAUUUGUUCAAAAGUACUGCUUAAUGGGAGUUCAGGACAGCUACACAGAUUUUCAUAUUGAUUUUGGAGGCACUUCUGUCUGGUACCAUGUUCUCUGGGGAGAGAAGAUAUUUUACUUGAUUAAACCUACUGAUGAAAAUCUGGCGAAGUAUGAAUCCUGGAGCUCAUCUGUUACCCAGAGUGAAGUAUAUUUUGGAGAUAAAGUUGAUAAGUGUUACAAAUGCAUUGUGAAGCAAGGACAUACUUUAUUUGUUCCAACAGGCUGGAUUCAUGCUGUGCUCACUUCUCAGGACUGUAUGGCUUUUGGAGGAAACUUUUUGCACAACCUCAAUAUUGGCAUGCAGCUCAGGUGUUAUGAAAUGGAGAAAAGGCUAAAAACCCCAGAUCUUUUCAAAUUCCCUUUCUUUGAAGCCAUAUGUUGGUUUGUGGCCAAAAACUUACUGGAAACUUUGAAAGAGCUUAGAGAAGAUGGUUUUCAGCCCCAAGCUUUCUUAGUGAAAGGAGUGAAAGCUUUACAUACUGCUUUAAAGUUAUGGAUGAAGAAAGAUCUUGUAACAGAACAUGCCUUUGAAAUUCCAGACAAUAUUCGUCCUGGGCAGCUCAUUAAAGAACUUUCAAAAGUUAUUCGUUCUGUAGAGGAAGAAAAUAGCAAACCAGUUAAAACUCAGGGAAUUACUGUGUGCCAAGUUUCACGGUCAUCAAAUGAAUCAGCUACCACUCAUCAUUCCAAACGAAAAGCACGGAAGCUGCGAGACCAUGCAAUCAAAACUCCAUCUAAUCUGGACAUUCUAGAAUUACACACAAGGGAAGUUCUCAAAAGACUAGAGAUGUCCCCAUGGGAAGAGGACACAGCAAAUUAUAAAUUGAAUGGAAGGUUUAACAAGCCUCUUCAACCAUCUUCCACUGUUCCUGAAUGGAGAACAAAGGACAAUGAUUUACGGCUUUUGUUGUCAAAUGGAAGAAUAAUUAGAGAUGAGAGGCAGCUGUUCAAAGAUGCAAGCCUUUAUACUGCAGACAGUGAAGAUGAGGAUGAUAGAAAAAAUUCAGAGAAGGAAAUAACUGUUAAGACAGAAGAGCAGAACUCAUCAGAGGUGGAUGGUAAUGCAGAUACACAGAAACCAUUGAACAUGUUCUUUGAAAGUGUGAAAUCAGAACUCAGGAAUGGAAACUCAGAAUACUCUGAUAUUUCUGAUUCAGAAGAAUCUGAGCCUGAUUGCACUAACCAGCAAAAGUAUUCCUCUCGUGAGGAAUCAGAAAGCUCAGGUGAUGAGAAACAGGAAGUUACGUCAAAUUUCAAAGAGGUAUCUAAAAUAACAUAUGACCUCUCUCAUACCACACAAAAGCCAUCUAGACAUGAAACUACAAACAAAAGGGAAUGUCCUACCUCAACAAGUACGGAGGAAGAAGCUAUUCAGGGCAUGCUUUCUAUGGCAGGAUUGCACUAUACCACUUGUUUACCAGGUCAUACACAGAGCAUAGACUGCACUAAUAGAAGAAGCUCUCUUCAGGAUCACAGAAGCUAUUCCAAAAGUAGGCACAAAGAUAAGCUGUCUUCCCACAUUGAUAAAGUAGAAUAUGGUAAGCACAUAAAAGAAGAACAAGAUAUGGGAGCUUCAACGUUAGCUACACCAUUACAUGGAGUUCCUAAAGUACAUUCUCAGGAUACAAGUAAAAUGCAGAAAUACAUUAAGAAGGAAGGUGCAUUUGAAGCCAGUUAUAGAAUUCAAGAAAACAGGAAUCGCCUACAGAACAGUGGUUUGAAUUUCACACAUGGCAAGUGUAUACGGGACUUUAGCUUGACUGAAGAGGAGUGCAGACUCAGUGAUGGCAGCCUCAGCCCUGACAGAUCUUGUGGUGAAACAUCGUUGUCUGUACCUCUUCAUCCAACCAAGCGGCCAGCAUCAAAUCCACCCCCUAUCAGCAAUCAGGCAACAAAAGGCAAACGUCCAAAGAAAGGAAUGGCAACUGCUAAACAGCGUCUUGGGAAGAUUCUGAAGCUGAACCGAAAUGGCCAUGCACGCUUCUUUGUUUGAUGCAGUGGUUACUUCCACUGCUGCUGACCUUUCAUACAUAGACCAGUAUUGAGGGUAACUGUGCCUGAAUCUUCUGUUUUAUUCGUCUGCUUGAAGCAGAAUGCAUGUACCUUAUUAGAAAACUGCCUGAUGAACAAAAACCCAAUGCUGCAUUUUUAUUGUGCCACAUCUGCUCAGCAAUAACGAUUUGGGAAACAGGGGAGCAUUGAGAAAGAAUACAGAGAUGGUCUUUUUUCAGGGCUCAAUCAUUUUGUUGUUUCUGCUUGUGUCUGAGUUAUUUCAUGGACAGAGAAAUAUGAUGAAGGUGGUUAUCAAUAAUUUAUUUGACAUAUUUUGACAAUUAUUGAAUUCAUUUUUGAACUAUUUAUUUGGAAAACAUUUUUGUGGGAAUUAUGAUUUUAACUUUAGUUGUUACAAAUGUGAAGGUCUUUAUUUGUCUUUAAUGUCUGUAUGUCUUUUUGCAGUGGAGAGCUAAAUGAAUGAUCUAUUUUGGAUUCAAACAUUUGAUAUACAGGUUAUAGUCUUAAACAUGGAUAUGAUGCAUUAAGUUAACGCACAGAAAAUCACAUGUUAAUGUCUGUUCUUUUAUAUAUGCUUCUGGAUGGUUUUCCCACUGAAUUGUAAUUUAGUGAACUUUUCAGUCCCCUUGCAUUCCUGCCCCUGCCUUCUCUUCUGCUCAUGUUUCAUCUCUUAUUUGGACUUUAAAUUGGCGUAACAUUUGAGCAGCUCUUGCCCACACACACACACACACACACACACGCACACUCUCCCUCUCUC